GAGCGUUGAAUCCCAACCCCCACCGUGGAAAUUUCCAUUCCCCGUUUUCACACCAACUUUCACCGAACCAUUUCAUCAUUUCUCCUCCCACCUCCUUCAUCCCCCCUUCACCUCCUUCCUCCAACCAUCUCUCUCUCUCUCUCUGUCUGCGCGUGUAUCAGAGCAGAGGGGGGAUCAUGCCCCUCCCAUGGAAGAAGUCGAGGGUCACCCGCAUCUCCCGCCUCGUCGCCGACCUCCAGUCCUCCCCACGCCGCGGCGGCUCCCUCGUCGUCGAGACCGGCUUCCCCACCUCCCUCGUCGACCUCUUCGUCAAGAACCGCGACCGCCUCAGGAAGCCCUCCAGGAGGAAGGGAGAGCCCGAGCUCGAGAUCUCCGACCCCGUCCUCACCUCCCCCUUGCCCGCCCACCUCGUCGUCAAUCCCGACCCCCUCGACGAUCCGCCGCCGCCGCCCUCGGGUCCCGAGCCGGCGGCGGAGGGCGCCGAGGCUGCUGCGGGGGCGUGGAUUGGGGCGGUUGAUGACGAGAUCGGCGGGGAUUGUGUCGGUGGGUCGGGUAAGAAUAGAGUUUUCUCGGCGGUCUUCAAGGUGUUUGUUGUGGUGGUUCUGGCUCUGAGCACCAAAGGGCUUGUGAUCGGUGUCACGAUGAGCGCUUUCUUGCUUUUGUUUCUUGAGCUCGUGGGCAAGCGCGUCGCAUGUUUAUUGAGACCCUGUCCCGAUGCGAGGAUGGGUUUCGCAGGCUCGAUCGAAAGGGUUUGUGCUAUUUUGCCAUCUGUUCGGCCCCAAAAGGGUUUGUUGGUUCAACGGGCGAUUAGCGAUUUUGAUCCUGCAGAGCCGACUCGAGAGACUCUCGGACCGGCCAAUUCGAGCUCAAGCUCGGCGGAGGAAUUUCGGGUGGUAGAGAAUAAGUUUGAGAUGGUAGUGGUGCCUGUUGAGAACAAUUUGAGUUUGCGGCCGGGCGACGAAUCGAUUAGCCGCGCCCCUAGAUGGAGGCGUGUGUAUACAGGGGGAGAGGUGAGGGCUGUGGAGGAGGGUGAGGAGAAUGGGCGUGCGGGUUUGGGAGCCGAUGCUCGCAAGCAGAACCGGAAAAUCAAAUCGAUGUUCAUCAAGAGGAUUGUGCCGAAGAAGCUGAGGACGUCGAAGAAAGGGAAAAACAAAGAGUGCGAGCCCGACCCGGAUGCGUCGAUGACGGUAGCUAGUUACUUGGGCGACUGGGGUACCGGGGCAGAGGCAGAGGAAGAGAAUGCCGAGCAGAGAGAAGAUGCAGAUAAAUCACGCUCGUCGAAGGCCGAAGUUGAAGAACCUCAACAAGCACAAUGUGGCAACAAAGAAAGCGACCAGUUGUUGGCAGGUGAAACCAGUUCCACUCCCGCUGCGAUUUCGCUGGCUCGCCCUGAAUCAGAAACCGGUGCUGAAAACGCGAGGAGCGCAAAGAAGCGGAGAUUGGUAUUAGCCGUUGUUCUGCUGGUUGUCCUUGCCGGACUUGUCGGCGGACGGUUUCUGGCCUUUGUGCUUACAUUUGGAUGUGCUACCACGAUAUCCAUUUGGGCGAGCAGACGAAGCUUUUCUUCAGCAAAGGAUCGGUCUUGACAUACCGAUUCAUCUUCAAUCACUUAAGAUGGGUUUGAAGGAAGCCCCUUCCGGCUUGUUCUUCGUCUUGAAGGUCAUCGAUCACGAUGCUUGGCAUAAAUUGUAUUUAGAGAUUACGAAAACUAAUAGAAAGGUGUACAAGUGCGUCGGUCCAGCAUCGGCCCAUCGGUCGCAUCAUCUGUAAUUGGAAGUGUAAAUUUUAUACAGAUACAGGCUGCAUGAGCAUACUCUGAGGUUGAUGUCUCUUCUUGUGCGAUCAAGCAAGCUUUCUGUCAAGAGUCACAUGUGGUUGAUCAAUCUCUUUGCGAGUUUGAAACA